CGGGCGGGGGAGGCUCCGGGCGAGCCGCUGCACCGCCUCGGCGGCGCGGCGCCCUCCGCGCGAGGGAAGAGCUCCGCAGCGCGGCGGCGCCGGGACCGCGGCGCAGCCCGGGGACAGGGCUCGGCCCCGCGGCGCCGCCGGCCCCGGGACGGGCGCGCCCGCGCCACCAUGGGCGCCCUGGCCCUGGCGCUGGGCGUUCUGCAGUACCUGGGGCUGUACCUGCAGCUCGGCGCCGCCUCCCGGCACCCCCCGUGGGACGCCCCGGCGGCGGGCAGCGCCCUCUUCACUGAGACGCCCCACGACAUGACGGCGCAGGCGGGCGAGGACGUGGAGAUGGCAUGCUCCUUCCGAGGCAGCGGCUCCCCCUCCUACUCCCUUGAGAUCCAAUGGUGGUACGUCCGCAACCACAAGGACUGGACGGAUAAACAGACAUGGGCUUCCAACCAGCUGAAAGCUUCACUGCAGGAGGAGCCUGGGAAGGAUGCGACAAAAAUAAGCGUGGUGAAGGUGGUCGGCAGCAACAUCUCCCACAAGCUGCGGCUGUCGAGGGUGAAGCCGGCAGACGAGGGGAUGUACGAGUGCCGAGUGAUCGACUCCAGCGACGGCAAGGCGCGGCAUCACAAGGUGAAGGCAUACCUGCGGGUGGAGGCAGCGGGGGACGCGGGGCACCCCCAGGACACCCAGCUGCGGGGCGCUCCGCUGCCGGACCCUGCCGUGCCAGGCGCAGCUCACGCACAGCACCACCACCACCACCACAAAGCCGGGAAAGAGCUGAAGAAGCGCUCGGCAGACGAUUCCUGCGUGCUGUAGGUGCUGAGGGGACGCCGGAGUCCCCCACCACCCUGGACUCAGCAGAGCAGGCGAGGGUUCCGCGCCCCCUGCCAGAGACUGGCCCCACCGCCCCAUCUCACUGCCAACCCCACCACCCCUGUGUCCGCCAGCCGACGCCGGCUUGGUUUCAUCCGCAGCCCUGCGAUGUGGCAGUGCCAGGGCUCGGUGUGGGAGCAGGAGCGCAUCUGUGCCGGGGAGCAUUGCUGGGACCAUGCCUGGGGCCCAGGGCGUUCAUGGUCCCUGUCCCUGCCACCCCCUGCUUGCUGCCACCCGCGGUGCCAUGGGCUGUGUUGCACCCCAGCUUUGGGUGCCCAGCAGAGGCUCCCCUGCCCGCGGGACCCUCCCUGCCCUCCUUUGUGCUUUGCAGAACCAGUGUCCGCUCCCGUAGGAGGCCCUGUUUAGUUGCUCUGUUCCAGCCCCGCAGCGCGUAUCUCAGUUCCAGCACCCAUCCCAGAUGGUGUAUUUCGCCUCCCCCUGCCCCUGCCUGCCCCAGUGCCACCCCAGCACGUCGAGGCCCAAGCUCAGCGGAGGAAGGACGGCAUGGCAAGCUCCCGGCACGCUCCCAGCACGUUCCUGGCAUGCUCCCGGCGUGCUUGCCAGCACAGCCGUGGUGCUAUGGGUUGUGUCAGGCAGCCUGCCCAGGUCCGUGUGUGCCGGGGGAGCCAUGCCAUCGGAGCUGGCUCUCUCCCACCCAUUGCUUCUCUCAGCCUUUUGCAUUUCACGGAGGAAGAGAGGCUCGGCUCUCAGCCCCGGCUGCCCUCGCUCCAUCCCCGCUGCCUGUGCCGGUGUGGCUCUCGCCCCUGACUCCCGGCCGAGCUCCCCUUCCUCUGGUGCUGCAGCAUCGCGUCCCCCUGCGCAGGGUCCGGCUCAUGGGCUCCCUCAGCACGGCACAACUGGCAGAGCCUGGCCCUGGAGCCCCUGCGGGCAACACCGCCGCAGGAAUGGAGCCGUGGGGAGGGAAAGGGGGUCCCAAGUCUCCCCAUCCAGGUGCCAGGCACUGCUUCCCUGCCACCGCUCCCCCAUGCCACCACGCCUGCCGCCACCAGACCUGCUGCAGCUAAUAAAGCUCUUUA